AUGCCCGGUGUCCUUUUUGCCCUUCGCUGCCCGUGCCAGCAUCUUUUCCUGGCAAUCGCUGCUUGUGAGAAACUCAGCGCACAAGGAAUGGCCUGUUGGGGUUUACUUAGGGGAAACUUGCUGAAACGUGUGAAUGGGGUCAUUCUCUUUAUCUCUGGGCCUGGGUUUAAAUUGGGUGAAUGUUCUGGUGCUCCCAAGUCUUCCUCCCAUGGGAUCAUCUUGUGGGCUGGUGCCGGUCCAUCUUGCCUGCUGGGAAGGCUCUUUUCUCCUGACCCCAUCGCCGCUUCUUUCCCUUUCAGGAACGCCAAGAAGGAAGGAGACCUGCUCGCUGCCCAGGCCCGCCUGAAGGAUGUGGAGGCCCUACUCAACUCCAAGGAGGCUGCGCUCAGCACCGCUUUGGGGGAGAAGCGCAACCUGGAGGCUGAAGUCCGUGACCUCAGAGGCCAGCUGGCCAAGGUGGAGGGAUCCUUGGCCGACAUCAAGAAGCAGCUUCAGGACGAAAUGCUGCGGAGGGUGGAUGCGGAGAACACUCUGCAGACCCUGAAGGAGGAGCUAGACUUCCAGAAAAACAUCUACAGCGAGGAGCUCCGUGAGAGCAAACGCCGCCACGAGACGCGCCUGGUGGAGAUCGACAACGGGCGCCAGCGGGAGUUCGAGAACAAGCUGGCCAAUGCGCUGCAGGACCUCCGUGGGCAGCACGGGGCCCAGGUCCGGCUCUACAAGGAGGAGCUGGAGAAGACCUAUGCAGCCAAGCUGGAAAACGCCAAGCAGUCGGCCGAGAGGAACAGCAGCCUGGCUGGGACGGCUCACGAGGAGCUUCAGCAGACGCGGAUUCGCAUCGACAGCCUCUCCGCCCAGCUCAGCCAGCUGCAGAAGCAGCUGACAGCCAAGGAGGCGAAGCUGCGGGACCUGGAGGAUUCCCUGGCCCGGGAGCGGGAUACCAGCCGCCGUAUCCUGGCGGAGAAGGAGCGGGAGAUGGCCGAGAUGAGGGCCCGAAUGCAGCAGCAGCUGGACGAGUACCAGGAGCUGCUGGACAUCAAGCUGGCCCUGGACAUGGAGAUCAACGCCUACCGCAAACUCCUGGAGGGCGAGGAGGAGAGGUUGCGCCUCUCCCCCAGCCCCUCCUCCCAGAAGAGCGGCUCCCGCAUCCGGGUCUCUUCCUCUGGACAAAGCGCCACCAAGAAAAGGAAGCUGGAGGACGGCGAGAGCCACACCAGCUUCUCCCAGCAUGCCCGCACCAGCGGCCGCGUGGCUGUGGAGGAGGUGGACCUGGAGGGCAAGUUUGUCCGGCUGAGGAACAAGUCCAGCGAGGACCAGUCGCUGGGAAAUUGGCAGAUCAAGCGCCAGAAUGGAGAAGACGCACCCAUUUGCUACAGGUUCCCCCCCAAGUUCACCUUGAAGGCCGGCCAGCUGGUCACGAUCUGGGCUGCGGGCGCAGGGGUGUCCCACAACCCCCCCACGGACAUGGUCUGGAAGAACCAAAGCUCCUGGGGGUCCGGCGACAGCUUACGCACAGCACUGCUGACCUCCAGCGGGGAGGAGGUGGCCAUGCGGAAGCUGGUGCGCACGGUUGUUGUCAAUGAUGACGAUGAAGAGGAUGAUGAGGAUGGCGCCCACGGCCACCAUCACCACAGCCACUGCAGUGCCAGCGGAGAUCCGGGCGAGUACAACCUGCGUUCUCGCACAGUGUUGUGUGGCACAUGUGGGCAGCCGGCAGAGAAGUCAUCCGGGGGCACGAAUGUGGGCACCAGCACCAUGUCCACCGGCUCCUCCUCCUCCAGCUUGACCAUCACGCGCAGCUACCGCAGUGGAGGCACCAACCUCGGGGAGAGCCUCCUGCCCCGCUCCUACAUCCUGGGCAGCUCCACCCCACGCCAGCAGGGUCCUUCAAACUGCAGCAUCAUGUAAUCGUCCGAUGUUCCCGACAUGCACUCAAAUCUGCUUUAUGGAGCUCUCUGUCCUUUACGUGCUCAGAAAAAGAGGAAACCAUUUUUAAAAGAAGUUAUUUUCUAUGCAAGAAUUUAUACUUUAUUACAUAUAUCUAUAUCUAUAUCUAUAUAUCUAUAUAUAAAUAUGCUAAAGAUGCUUCAGGUUUUUUAAGGGGGUGGGGGGUGGUCUUUUUUCUAUCUCAAAGGUUUAAAAGGAAGUUUAAAACCUGCCAAAGAGGUGAAUCUAUUAUUGCCAAAAAGGAAAAAAGUCCUAGAAUUGUCAUAUGUUUCUUCUAGUAAGGGGGAGCCUGCAAAAGGACAGGAUCCGUCUGUGUCUGCUUGAAUACCAAAGUUUUCUUUGAAAAACGAAUCAAAAAUCACAAAGUUUUUCCCCUUCUUCUGGGCCACCGUUUGUCAACUUCAUCAACUUCAUUAAGAGGGGGGGGACUUUAACUCCCAAGAAUUCCCCAGCCAGUCCCCCCACCCCCAUCUUAAAGUUGGUGGGGUUGUGAAACUCUGUUCCAGGGAAAUCUCUUUAAAUUUGUUGCACUUAACCUUCUCCCUGGGGGGGGGGGGGGUUGUUGACCACUAACUAACCAUGGUUAACUUCUGCCUUGCUUCCCAGCAAUUCGUGCCCUUGAGCAAAAGAGUCCAACUCUUUUGAAGAAUCUACAAGCCAAGAGUUGACCUUCGUUUACAUUUUGAAAAUGGGAGGGAGACCUUCAGACGGAACCCGUUUUGGGUUGCAAUGAUACUUGAGGGAUGCCCCCUGUUGAACCCAGGGUCCUCAGCCCUGGCAGGUUUAAGGCGGAGGAACUUCAAGUCCCAGAAUUCCCCAGCCAGUAUGGGGGACUCCGGGGAGUCGAGUUUUAAAAUUGCCACGUUUGAGAAACGUGAAUUUAACCUCGUGUCCUCAGUCCCCUCCGGCCCAAAUCAGGUUGUUUAAUACCUGCAUUAAAACACUUUAGGAGGUGGACAUUGAGGGAUUCUC